AACCAACUGCGUGGACCAUUAAAAACCCUGACUGAGUUACCAAAGCUGAACAUCAGCAUGCAGGCUACAGGUUUAACACACAAUCAAAAAGUAUAAAGUCAGCAGUAAAAAAAAUACACACUUUGACAGUCAUAUGCUUCAUAUAAUGUUUACAAUAACUUGAGACAGAUGAUAUGGUUUGCAUGUCUGAGCAGGUCUGACAGGUUGGUUUACUAACGUGUCGAAAUCAGUAUUCUACAACAUCCUGGCUACAGUCGACUAUUAGUCGAUCAGCAAAUGUCAAUAUUUUUUUGUUUACAGUAGAUUACAAUGCAAUUGCAAAUAUGUACUGCAAUUGCAGCACUUUUUAUUUCAUUUAUAGGCAUUCUUUUGCUCGUCAUCAACACUGAAGACAUCAAAGGACAAGCACAGCUCAUGUAUGGAAUCGUCCUGGACGCUGGAUCCUCUCAUACUUCUAUGUUUAUCUACAAAUGGCCGGCAGACAAGCAGAAUGGUACCGGCAUAGUCAGUCAACACAGCGAGUGUCAUGUGAAGGGAGGUGGGAUCUCCAGUUAUGCAGGUAACAGAGGAGGAGCAGCCAGUAGUCUUGAGGAAUGCAUGGAAAAAGCCAUGCAGGAGAUCCCAAAGUCAAGACACAAACUCACACCUGUGUAUCUCGGGGCCACAGCGGGCAUGAGACUACUGAAUAUUUCUAAACCCAAAGAGUCUGAUGAGGUUUUGAAAGAAGUGGCAGAAAAACUGAAGACCUACCCAUUCAGCUUCAAAGGGGCCACAAUCUUAAGUGGACAAGAGGAGGGAGCUUAUGGAUGGGUCACAGUCAACUACCUGCUUGAGAAAUUUAUUACGUAUGGUUUUGUGGGUCAAUGGCUCUCUCCAGGCAAAGACACGGCUGGUGCGCUAGACUUGGGUGGAGCUUCUACUCAGAUCACCUUUGAAACUAAACAGACGGUGGAGAACAAGGACAAUCUGAUGCAACUGCGGCUAUAUGGACGAGACUAUCAGAUUUACACUCAGAGCUUUCUGUGUUAUGGGAGAGACCAGGUGUUACUCAGACUGCUUGCACUUCUGAUCAAGAUUCAGGGUUCGGACCGUUCCAUAGUUCAUCCCUGCUAUCCUGCAGGUUACAGUGACUCUGUAAAGCUGAGCAGUGUGUUUGAUACUCCAUGCAUUAAAAGACAAACUCCUUAUAAACCUGAUGAUGUCCUGCAAAUCAAAGGCACAGGAAACUACGAUCAAUGCCUGGGAAACGUUUCUCGUCUCUUCUCUUUUAACAACUGUUCUUAUUCCAGAUGCUCUUUCGAUGGAGUCUUCCAGCCCAACAUUACUGGAAACUUUAUGGCAUUUUCUGCUUUUUUCUACACUCAUUCGUUCCUCGAGAAAGCUGCAGGCACCACCAUCACGUCUCCAGCAGAUUUAGAGGAUGCCAUCUGCGUUGUCUGCAACAUGAGCUUUCAGGAGAUGCAGAAUAAGUUUCCUGAUGAGGAGAACCAUUUGAGGGAUUACUGUGCAGAUUCAAUCCUUCUGCAGGUGCUCCUGAUUAAUGGAUAUGGCUUCAAUGAUCUCUCCUUCCCACACAUCUCCUUUCGGGAGAAAGCUGAAGACACUUCUGUCGGCUGGUCCCUUGGCUACAUGCUAAGUUUAAGCAACUUGCUGCCAGCUGAAAAUGUGCUUGUGAGAAAAACACUGCUCCCAGAUGCCUGGCGUGCUGCUGUCUUCCUCUUCUCAGUCCUUCUUAUUGCGUCUAUAUUUUUUCUGCUGCGAACCUACCAAAAGAAUGCCACUAAAUUAUGUUGUUGAUCAUUAUGCACUAAAGAGUUUUUCUGUCCUUAAGGAAAAAGCUGUACGUAUAUGCAGUAUAUGAAAAAGUAUAAACUCUUGUAAUGACUUAAAAUAAAAAAAAUAAUAAAAAAAACAUCAGA